AGGCGGUGCCGGAGGCGGUGCGGUCAGUUCCGGAUACCAGUACUUCCCGCCGUACAGCGACGCCUCGCCGGGGUUCGCGCUCGGUUCUUCAGACUCGGCGUCCUCACAGCAGGUCAGCUACGACUCCGACUCUGCCAAGGAUUCGUACCAGGCGGACGCGGACAUGUACGGGAUGCCCGCAGCGGCCGCCGACGCCGGCGGGGACAUGAUGGGUGACUCGCAAAUGGACGACAUGCCGGCCGGAGGCGGCUACGACUACUCCCCGCCCAAGCAGCCGUUCGGCCUGCGGGAGCAGAACUCGGCCAACAGCAUGUCGGCCGGCGACAGCGGCAGUGGCGGCGACCAGCAGUACAGGGGCCCCGUCUACCCGCACCAGUCUUAUCCAGAGUCCUACCCGGAGGAGUACUCAUACUACCCGGACCACGGGGCCGGCGACGACGAACCUGAGGACAGUUAUAUGCCGCCCGAGAAGCCGAAGGGCAAGAAGAAGCCGUCGGCGCCGCCCCCACCGCCUCCAGCACACCCGCCUCCUCCCGAGUAUCUACCACCGUACGCGCCGAAGAAGAAGCCGCCACCGUACGGCGGUCACGGCGACGAGGAUGACGACAGCUACGUGCCCUACCCUCCGCACGACGGGGGCGACGAUGACAUGGACGACGGAGACGACCAGCAUCACAUGCCGCCAGCGCGACCGCCGCCCCCGCCGCCUCCACCUCCUCCGGACAUGGGCCACCACGGAUACUACCUGCCGCCGCCACCCGAUCACCACGACGAACCAGAGGAGCCGCCGGAGUACGAAGACCACCAUCCGAAAGACGAGGACGAGGACAGCAGACUGAACAAGCGGCCCUACAGCUACUACGGCAUCGGUCGCAAGCUGUGGUACAUCCCGCUCUAUUUCAGUGUCUACUUCAUCUUCUACGUGACAGCGCUCAUCAUCAAAUCUAUCGCGAGGCACAAGAUCCGGUACCCGCUGACCCACAGCUGGAACAAGAGGUCAGUAGCGGAGGCGGCCGGCGUGGCGCUGGUCGAGUCUGUGCAAACAGCGCUGCGAAACGCUGCCUCCAAAUACGAAUGAGAUGCUUCAGAUCUCAGUACGAACGAACUGAACUACCCUACUCUAGCUUCGCUCUACUCUCCAUCGUGGCUAUCAUCUGCGAAUGAGAUGUGGCCAGUUCAAGAAGUGAAUGAAGUUUUGGAGGUCCUACGAAAAAUGUGAGAGCAGAGUUCGAGUACGACAAUUCUGAUUUAAACAGGAGUCGUAUUUAUCACAUUUUUCUUCUCUUCCAGUACAAAAAAAAUUAUAGAAUCCUAUGGUGAUGAAUUUCACAUAUUCUAUGAGGUGAGACCAAACUAAAUCGACAAAGUUUCGCACGCUGUUCAGAGAUACUUUUUGAAUAUUUUGAUAUGAGGCUUCCUUAGUCUCCGUUUCUCGAAAGAGAGUAAUUGCGUUUCUUUUCAUUUCUUACUCUAACUUAUCUUAGUUUAUUCACUGGACUGAAAGUAUCUGCAUAAAAGUGUAACAGUGUAGAUAGUUCCAUUCACACGCGGUGUCUGGUGUUGACAACCAAAAUUACCACUGUGCUCUUCGUCCUCAAGCUUUUAUUCAGUAUUGUUUCAGGUUUGUUUCUGGCUGUAGCUGCAACGGAACAACGCCAUCAUUAUAUUAUGUUGCGUUGUUCCCACAGUGACUGCACAAAUAUCACGACAGUUUUACAUCUGAAUGUUGUUUUAUUGCUCAGUGCUUCGUAUCUAAUGUUUUGGUAACUCCGUAUUAUAGGCUUUUUCGCUGUUUUGACAAUAUCUUCGCAGAAACAAAGGUAACUGUGGUAAAAAUUAAAUCUUAUCUAAAGCUGUGGGUUGCCCUGUGGGUUUCUUACAUCAAAAUACUCAGAAAAUAUUCCACUAUCAACGUCAGAAAUUUUUUUCGGUGUUGUUGAGAUUCACCAUGAAUUUUUCCUUUUCUUUCUUUUAUCGCUGAAACCUGACCUUUUUUGUAAUGCCUCGUGACGAUUUCAUGCAUGUUAGGUUAUUAUCUGCUAUCAUUACUAUAAUUUUCAUGAUGCUUCUUGUUCAAAACCAGAGAACCGUUUGCCAUGUUUGGCAAGUCCGCAUCUAGGGCUUGCUUUUUUGACUAUCUUCCUCGACAAGUUUCCCGGUUUGAGUCCCAGUCCAGCACAAAGUUAUCAAGUGGCGCUCAUAAGUAACGCACCAUCAACAUUCCAGUAUGAGGCAGUACUAUAUUUCUCAUUGCAUACACCUAUAAUCUUUCUGUUGUUAUAGUAAAUGUUCCGAGUAUAUUUCUCAACACCACUAUUUUGUUUCAUUUCUUAUAUGACUACAAUCUUUUUACUAUCAUUUUGUCAUGUGGUGGCCGGUUUCUUCAUUUCUAUUUUUUACAUUAUACAACUUUAAUUUCGUAGUUUACAAACUAUGUUUUGGGUAUCGGAAUUCUGGUCGAUUUUCUACAGCAGUGACUUCUGCUCUUAGUGUACGUUCAGUUCUCGUCCUCUUAGAAACACUAACAGAGACCGUUACCACGUCUUCUCUGCCAGGCAGCCUUCACAGAACAUGCCAUGGCUCUAUCAGAACCCAUUGGUAGGGCCGGAUGGUUCUCUUUGGCCUGAAAGAAGUUCUUGACUCCAGUCAUUCUGAAGUAUGUGGUGUCAGAGGAGUCUACCAGUGCUUUACGGGCUGUCUCUUAAGCCUCUCUGACGCAUGUGCAUCACGUCCAUGAGUAUUGAAUCCAAUACGUGAAGUUGGCGCGUUACCGACAAAGUGGACAUUUCUAGAGAGAUGUUUUUCCUAUAAAAAGCCUAUUUCCCAGAUUUGCGUGUGCUUCAAAUUUUGGAGAAUACAUUAGAGUGCCAUCAAAAGUUUGUUUAAUUUCAACUUCAUGUUUUUUGCUAAAAGAGCUCUAUUUUAAAUACUGGAACUUCAGUUAGAAGUAUAGUAACAUUUGCACGUUCGACGGUUUGUAUGGACACAUGAUUAAUCUUAUGUUCAAGGGAAACCUUGGACUUGUACGGGUAGCAAAGAGUUGCUCACUGUUAUUUUCAUUUUUGAUUUUAAUCAUUUCCACUGUACAUAAAUUCAUAUAUACCACAUC